AUGCGCCGGAAAGUUGCUGAGUUCCAGUCAGAGAAACACCUGCUUACAUUUAAUCCGUUGACAAUAAGAAUGCCCCUGCAUCACAUCAUUGGUACCGUCUAUAUCACUGAAUUUCUUGUGAUAUUGAUAAUCAAUGUCAUCACUAUCAUCGCCUUCGCAAGAAUCCGCCAUCUACGCAAGCGCGAUACGUACCUCGUAAUAAACCUGACUUUGGCUGAUCUACUGGUGAGACCACUGUUCCUGUACCACAAAGACGAAGAAAGCAACAGUUUCACAUUACCACCACUUAUUCUUUGGGCUAUUAAAAUCAAUUUUCCAAUAGCUUCCCAGGUCAAUCUUUCCAUGAUAUCCUUGGAGCGGCUACAUGCAACACUUUAUCCCUUCAGGCACUGCUUGAUCACGAAAUGGGUUUACUUUAAAAUCAUCGUCGGUAGCCGGCUUAUAAUUUUCUCUGUCGCCUUUGUCAUAACUAUAUUAUCGCAAGACAAAUUUCCGUACGCAUGGACAUCAUUUAACGUUCUUACCCUAAUCGUCAUCACACUCUCUUAUAUCAUUAUUAUCGUAAAUGUUCAAAGAAGUCCUCAUUCACAACAUCAUGGUUCAAUUCACAAGGAAAAGAAACUGUCAGUAACAUUAUUCAUAGUCACUGGAGUUUCCGUUCUCAGCAUUUUACCCUGGGCUAUUUUAUUUCUACAUGUAAGAAGGUUUGAUAUUCAUGAUACUCUAGCUGUGAUAUAUUUUGCCAGUUCCAUAGUGAAUCCUCUUGUAUACGCCAUACGAAUGCAGGAAUUUGGAAAAGCAUUAAGAAACCUUGCAUAAAGACAGGGUUAAGCAGAGAAACGAUCACAGAGAGCCGAACAGAAAAGAGUUUUUCGUUCACAACCUGAAACUGAGUUGUAAACUACAACUGGAAAAGACGAGGACGGAACAAAACCUUCUUUCCAGGCGAUCUGAGAUCAAGAAACCAAAAAAUGAAGCCAAAGAAAUGUCAUGAUUAUGUUUUUGUACGUGUGUCCUGGAUGGAAAACGUCUACCACUUUAUAAAGUUCUGUGUACAUCUAGUCAGAUGUCAGUCACAUUUAGCCAGAUGUUAGUCACAAUUAUAAUUAGUCAGUUUUCGUUAAAGGUCCCGUAAUACGGGUAACAUUUUUCUUCAACUUGUCUUGCAACAUUGUUCCAUUGCAAGUUGAAAACGCAUUGUUGCGCGCAUUACCACGUUUGUGUCCAACUUGUCUCGCAGCAAAAUACAGUGUU